UAUUGUGCGAUGAACGUGUUCAGUGUGCAUAUGGAACCAUAGAUGCUCCGUGUGUGAAUGUCCAAUGUUUCCUUGCAAGGCGCGGGGGCAGAGGGACCGGUCGACGGUCGCACGCCCGACCCGCCGACCUUACGUACCGUUCACUGUACGCAACACGGUUCUUGUGUGUCUAAGUGCAUCUCCCAAUCAAGAAUGCAAGAGGGACAACUGUUGUGCUGAAAUAUCAGAAUUUUGUGCAAGAUAUGAUACCUAUUUAACAACUGUGCUUGACUGGAUCGUGUGAGACAUGUUGGCACGCGUCACUCCGGCCGGCAGGGCUCGGAGAAGGAAGCAGCAACUUUGCGUCUAGCAUGGCGGAAACCGCCUCUUUAUCGCAAAGUCCAAAAUACAUGUGCAAACGAAGAAGACUGUCACAGUUGCUUGAUAAACUCGCUGUUCAAAUACGUCAUAACAAUAAUCAUUACCCACCGCCACAUUGGCUCAUGCUGGACUCCCCUUGUUUCGAGACGAAACCGCCUGAAGACGCACCUCUCGACUUGUCUUUAAAGUCGGAAACACCGAAAGCGGUUCAAGAAACAUCCGGGUACAUGUGUGAUACUUGCGGCCAAACUUUCGCCGUCCACGAUCGUUUGACCAAACAUGUUGCUUCUCGUCAUAGGGAUAAGGCAACGGAUGUCGUGCGUGCUUACGAGUGUGAGAUAUGUCGGCGACGUUUCGCGCGCUCCGACAUGUUGACGCGGCAUGCUCGUUUGCACAGUGGUGUAAAGCCCUACUCUUGCUCUGCCUGUGGUCAAGUAUUUUCUCGCUCCGACCACCUGGCGACACAUCAACGGACACAUACAGGUGAGAAGCCAUAUCGAUGUCCAUCUUGUCCGUAUGCUGCAUGUCGUCGUGAUAUGAUCACCCGACAUAUGAGAACGCACACGCGGCGACCGGCGCCUACUGAGAUUUAAUGCCAUUACAAACAUAAUCGAGAAGCGGUGCGCUGCAGUUGAAAAAAUAUUUUGUGCCGUUAUAGUUAUCGUGAAUGUGUUAUUGUAGUUACUUAGUUAUGUAGGUACCUAUAUUUGUAAGAAGUUUUUUGUUUACUUUCUUUUUAAUUAUUAUUAUUAUUUAAUUGUAAUUUAUUAUAAGUAUUGAAAGUUUACUGAGGUAGGUAUUAGUCGAUUAACUAGAUAAAUAAAUACAGCCUAUAUUGCAAAAAAUAGAUAGGCACAACGAAUAAAAAUUAAUCAUUUAAAUCCCGCAGUUUAGUUUCCCUUGUCAUCUACGCGUCUUCUAACGCAUAGGCCUCCUCCCGGCGUUUCCAGGUGUAACAGUUUCCAGCUUUCUGUAUAGUCCAGCCAUCUGUUUGAUAUCAUCAACGCAGACAUCGCUUGCAGACACUGUUAUUUUUUUGUUUCUUCUUGACUGAGAUAAUUACUUACUUAGGUACCGUAAUAUCAUACAAUAGUAUUAUAGCAUUACUACUCGUACUUAUUGGAACCGAUCCUGUGGUACCAAAUCUCUAAACUUAAACUGAAUUAGCAGCACAGAUAUACCUAAUUAGGUACGUCGUAAAUUCAAUUUAAUUUAGAGAUUUGUGUUCAACUGAAUUGGCAAAUCUUGUUAUUGAGUGCUUGGUAUAUUAAUAUGUUGUUAUUUCGUUGCAUCUAAGUAUAGGGAGGUCCAAAGUUUUCGCAAAUUAGUUUAUAUUUUCUUUUUAUUUAAUAUAGGUACUUUUCCACCUUAAUUUAAUAUCCAACUGAUCCGAAAAAAACCCUUUGGUUCUAAUAUUUAUUAGUAGAUGUAUAGAAUAAUAACUUGUUUUCUGCUUUCGUUUUUCUUGUGGUUAUAUACCUAGAUAUUCCUAAAUACAUUUAAGAACUGUCUAUUUAAUACAAUCUAUUAACCCGUUUAUGCUGUUGAUCGUACCUAUAAUAGGUACCAAAUAAGUAGUUGUUAUUAGUGGUGAUCGUCCAUCAAAUUGCAUUUAUUGUGAGCUCAAAUGCCCAUUGUCACAUCCAGUGACGCUUCUAUGGCAGCCCGCACACACACGUCAAUAUUAUUGACAAUAUUAUGCAUAUUGUCAAUAAUAUUGCCUAGAAUGAAAGUAUUCGUUGACCGUGUGUGGGCAGCCUAAGGAUAAUACACAAUCAAUAAUAUUGUAACUAGUUAUAUUGACCGUUUGAGGGCAGUCUAAAAAUAACGAACAAUCAAUAUUUGCAAAGCUGAAAGCUGAAUCUAACGACAUAAUACACCACAAUCAGAUCAUUACUUCGUGUUGCAAUUACUUAAUACAGUAUCAUAUUAUCUAGCUACCAAAAUUACGAUCAUGUGUUUUGCCUCCAUGGUUUAUAUUAGGUAAGUCGGUAGGUACUUUUUUAGCGUUGUCCGAAAUCCGUCUAUUCAAAUUUGCUUUUGUUUUGUAUUGUAGGAAUGCUUAACCGUGUGUUUAAGAGUAAGACAUAUCACAUUGCUUUUAGUUUCGUAAAAACAAAAUUGCGACUGUUUUUGCUUGAGUGCGAAUUUAUUUGAUGGAAAAAUAUUUUUUAGUUUACUUUGCGCUAUGCGAUGUGUCUUAUGCUAUUUUUAAGACUUUGAUAUUCUUAAAUUGUUUUACCUCAUUGUUAAUCAUGCGUUAAUUUUGUGUUUUAUGUUAGUGAUUUGAUCUUUUUGUUUUAUUGAUUACUUAAUUAAGUUAUGGUCAUCUGUGAAUAUCUAAUGCUUGUGUAUAAACUAGGAAGAUUUAAAUGUAGGUACCUUUCGCACGAUUAACGCUGGUUCGUAAACAGAUAAACACUUUUGAGUAUGUCCUACCAUGCUUGGCUAAGUCAGUCUACGAUAGUGUGGAAUUUAGAUCCGAAGUAGGUCUAAAUUUUACAUCCCACUGUCCUGGCUCAAUUGCGGGUAGGGUAGGCAUACUUGUACGUACCGUGCGUAGGUAUAUUUGCUGUAGAGGAACCGUCAAAUCUAUAGUUUUAGUAACGAACUUGCGAUUACUGUUAUAAUUGUAAUUGGCUAAAUAUUACUUACUAGUAAAAGAGGGUCAAUAUUGGAAAGUGUUGCAAUCAUCAUAUUGUUAACCUUCAAAGGUUGCUUAAUAUCUUUGGUUUUUUCAAGGUGGUGAAGUUUAUAUGAAAUUGUUUGUUUUUGACCUGAUCGGAUUAUUUAUCAAUGGCAUUUACCCCUUAGUAUUUCUGUGGAGUAAACGUAAUUUUAAGAAUUAUUGUUUUAUGUUUAUUCUGUGAUAACUUAUAGUGGUUCAUACUUAAAUAACUAUAGGUACACUGUGUUUGGUUAAUAAUAGUGAGAAAACUUUUGUUUAUGAUGCUUGAAUAAAGGAUUUAAAAUAUAUACAA